AUGGGUCCUGAGACUGUAAAGAAGAACCAUCAUCCCGAGAAGCUGCACAUUCUGAGAAUGGGGUACAUUAUCGAGGAAGCCAAGAGCAAGAAGUCUGCAGACAUCGCCGAGGAGGAGGAACAUCCUCUGCGCAUAACUCGUCUUAAAUCUCUGCAAAGGAGAGAAGGAAGAGAAGCAUUAAACGGACCUCGGGGUAAAGGGGACAAAAAAAGGAAAUUAAUACAAUCCUUCGAAUGCAACAUUUGCCAGCGCAAGUUCCCCAGGAAGACGAUGUUAGUGUACCACAUGAACAGCCACAAGUACGAGUGUCCCGAGGCUGCAUGUAAGGAGACUUUCAAGCUGAAGAAGGUCCUGAAGAGGCACAUAGAGAAGAUACACGGCCCUUCCCUGUACUCCUGCAGUGUGUGCGAGUACAAGAGCAACAACAAGUGCACCCUGAACGACCAUUUCGUAAGGAAACACACGAGCAACUUCGAGUUCCCCUGCACCCUCUGCAGCAAGCAAUUUAAGAUAAAGAACUCCCUUAAGCAGCACAUGAACCAAAUGCAUGGGGACAAUCCGCCAAUAGUAUGCACGAUUUGCGGGCACUCCUGUAAAAAUGUCCCGGCCAUUAAAGCGCACAUUAAGUACCGGCAUUUCCAGCCAGCUUACAAGUGCAUGCUGUGCAAAAGAGGUCUGACGACUAAGGAGAAUCUGGAGCAACAUUUGAUUUGGCAUGAAAGGAAGGAGAAGGUGGUCUGUCCGACUUGUGGGAAGACUUUCGGAGAGAAGAGAGACCUCGAUAUGCAUCUCAGGAUUCACCUGGGCAUCAGGCCCUACUCCUGUCCCGUAUGUAGCAAGACAUUCACCAGGAAGACUGGACUGGAGCAGCACCUUCUCAUCCACACGGGGAAAAAGCCCUACACGUGUGAUAUCUGUAGUCACACGUUUGCCCAGAAACCUGGUCUGAUUUGUCACAGGAAAAAGCACCCUGGCCCGUUACCUCCUUUGCCAGUCAUUUCUAUUAAGAACAUUGUCAACGAAUUUACGCAGGAGAUGGCAAAUCUCUCUUUGGUCCAAUUGGGCCUGGACGACCCGCUGGACAUCAAAGACGUCGACCUCCUGCAAUCUCCUGACGCCAAGAAGAGAUCCACCAAGUUCCGAAGAUUCCUGGCCAGCGAGGACGAAGAUAACAAGAGGUAUCAGUGCGACAACUGCGGUAAAAAGUACUGCCGGGAGAAAUCCUUCCUACUCCACCUUAAGCGGCACUCUUACAUGUGCAAGCUCUGCAACUCGACGUUCAACCUUAAGAGCAGCUUGAAGCACCACCUGGAGGACGUCCACGGCUCGGCGACCUACGAGUGCAACAUAUGCGAGUACAAAAGCGACAAAAAGUGGACCCUGAAGGACCACCUAGUGCGAAAACACGCGGACGACUUUCGCUUCUGCUGUAAAUUCUGCGGGAAGAAGUUCAAAGUUAAGAACAACCUCCGACAGCACGUCCACCUAAUGCACAACGAAGGCCCGCCGAUACUUUGCGACCUCUGCGGACACGUCAGUAAAAACCUCCACUCCCUGAAGUCGCACAUGAGGUUCGUCCACGAGAACGCCGUGUACACGUGUAAGAUAUGCAAAAGGCGUCUGGUAUCGAAGAGAGGUCUCGAACGUCACAUGGUCUGGCACGAGACCAAGGAAAGGAUCGUCUGCGAACAGUGCGGAAAGACCUUCCACAUCCGUUACGACCUCGACGUGCACAUGCGCUCUCACACAGGGGACAAGCCUUACAAUUGUACCGUCUGCAAGCAAACCUUCGCCAAAAGGAACACCCUGCGACAGCACUUGCUCAUUCACACCGGUCUGAGACCUUACGUAUGCGACAUUUGCGGGAAGUCCUUCACCCAGAAACCGGGACUCUCCAGCCAUCGGAAGUCUCACCCGGGAUCGCACCCUCCGUUGCCCAGCGUCUUCAUAGAGAACAUUAUUAAGGAUCUCGAUACGCAGGAGAAACAUCAGGGGAGGAGAAGGCCAAAGCAGGAAUAGGCCGCCGAAUUUUCGCAGCCCUUAAACGGAAAUUAGGGUGGGUCAUCUUCGCCCGACACCGUCAUAUCGUAAAUCUCCACAUUGCAUAUGCAAUCCGACACUUGUCGCGUACCCACGUGUAAGCAGUUGCGAUCAAUCAUAGUCGGAGAGGCAAGAAAAGGUGUCGAUAUAUGUUUCCCCCAAAAGAUACGUUUAUUUUCUUUCUUAUUAAAUAUAUUUAUGAUAUGAUGUCGUCGGCUCGAAAUUACCUAAUUUCCGUUUAUGGGGUAAGGUGACGGUGGAAGUGGCGGCUGAGAAGCCAAUCAUUAUGGAGCUUUUUUAGGCGGGUCGGAUCGUCCGAAAAUUUUCCCACGUUAACGUAGGAGUCUCGAGGAAGGUCCUGGCACUCGUGGAAUGCCAUUCAAGAUAUUUGCUUUCGAACAAUCUUUUGCAUUUUUUUUUUUUAUACAAAGGAAUGAAAUCUUAAGGGGGUCCGGACUUUCCUUAGAGUAAUCCAGGUUUGUGUGGAAAAGCUUCAAACGAUUCGAUACUCCCGAUUCGGAGGAAAGUUUCAUCAACGAGGACUCCUUGGCGGCGCUUAAACGUCACCUUAACACUUGUUUCUUUUACAAUCUGAUUCGACAUUUAUAUUUUAUAUCUUGGAAACCUUAGGUCUAGGUCGACAACUGGCGAAAGCAUCGGGGGAAAAUUCUUUUCUGUGGCUCUAGGAGAUAUGUACGGAACCUUAUCGAAGCGCUAAAGCUUUCCGAUAACUGGGAAUUGAUUCUUAUCACUGUAUCUUAGAUAACGUGUAUUCUGUCAGAGAAUAAAUUGUAAA